AUGGAAUGUAGUGAUUCGAAUCGAUACGCGCAAAUUAGACACCCAUACGACACCGACAGUGGUUACUUAAUUUCGGAAAGGCAAGCAGAAUGCUUCUGUAAUGUGAAGCGACACAUCGUGUCUACCUGGCGCCCGCCCGCCGCCGCGGGGCGCGCGCUUGCGGAAACUCACCCCUUCAAACGGGAAGCAGCGGCGCCGCACCCUGGCCGGCGGGGUGGGGCGAGGCAGGGCGGCCUAGCGGGCAGCGGCGGCGGUGGCGCCGGCGCAGGUGGGGGGGAGGGGAGGGAGGGACGCGCGCGCCGCGCCACAUUGGCGGCCCCUCACCCGUUCGCAGGCCGCGCGCUAGACAGACGUCCGCGCGCCUUCCGCGCCGAGGAACGCGUCGUCGCCUCGCUCAAGUCGCUCCCGCCGGGCGCCCGCGGACCACGUGCUCCGUUCGCGCGCGCCGCCGCCGUCAUUUGUUUUGCCGCAGCCGCGACGACACUGCGCCUCUUGCCCGCGCGCACGUGGAGCCGGCUGCGUGCGACCGUAUCGGCCGUCCCGCCGCCUGCCACCAUGCGGUCGACGUGGCCGCGACUGCUGCUGGUGCUGUCGCUGCUUCUCGCGAGCCGGCGGCCCGCGCCCGCGCGGAGCGGCGGUGAAGACGCGCCAGCGCCGCCUCCGCCGAGGGGCCCGGCGGUGGGUGCCGACGCCGCGUGCGCCCGCGACCCCACGGGCGACGCGUCGCUGCGCCGCGAUCCGCGCUGGCUGUGCGCCGCCGCCCGCGCCCGCUGCCUCGCCCGCCACGCACAUUUAAUUAAAGUUAGUGAAGUAUGCAAUGAUGACACACAUUUUCACAUUGAUGUUAGUGGUGCACAUCCGUUUUCAUUGUUUGUGGAUCUCAAAAAGCGCCACAAUGGUGCAGCAUUGGCGACGUCAAACCGGUUGCCCGAGGACAGUGGGGCGUUGGCGGGCUUAUAG